AAAGGAAAAAAAAAAAAACUCCAAUCUCAGACAAAGGGGAAGUUUAAAUUUUUUUUUUUUAAAACCCUAAAAUCGAUUGUUCCUUUUUCCUUUCUAUUUUUGUCUUAAAAACAAUCCCUAACAAAGCAAUAUCUAUUCUUUUUCUGUCGAUUCACCUUACAAUCGAGUCUUCUUACUCUUUGUCGUGAUCGAUCGUUGAAUGAGAAGCAAUGUCUACAGAAAUCAUAGAUAUCGACCUAGAAGGGGAUUCAGAUGGCAGCGGGAAUGAGGGUGAUUGGGGGAUCGAGAAGCAUGUGCUGUUUAUUCAUAUAGGUGGUAGGUUAAUACAACAGGAUAAUGGACUUAAAUAUGUUGAUGGAGAGUGUUGGGAUUGGCAUGUAGACAUAGAUAAAUUAACUGUGAGGGAGUUGUUCCAAAAGAUUUCAAUAACACGUUAUGAUCCAGAUAUGGGGGUUGAUGGUGAGUUUCGUGUGGAGGAAAGCCAAAAGGAGAGUGUAGUUGAGGAUUAUUAUGAACCUGGACAAGAUUUUACUGCAAAAGGUGUUUGGUUAGAGAAGGAAGAUGAAGCUGGUGUCGAGAAGGAAGAUGAAGCUGGUAUUGAGAAGGAACGUGCAGGUGCAUCAAAAAGUGAUAAUGUGGCUGAUGACCAUAAUGAUGAUCUCGAUGGGGACAAAGAGGCAGAAGGUGAUGAAGGGCAUUAUGAUCCUGUUAUGGAUAUCCCUGAGUUAACAGAUAAUGAAGAUGAGGAGGCUAUGGAGGCCAAAAAGAAGGUCAAGUCCUUUUGUUAUAAUUUUCAAGAGCAUAAUGCAGGACCUAGUUCCUAUCAUGAUGGUGCAGGUCCUAGUACCCUUCUUGCAGCAAUCCAUGAUGAUGGUGAUGAAAUGCAAAGUGAUGCAGAAUAUAGUUGCAUCUCUACUGAUGAAGAUGAUGGAAGUAAUGCUGAUCAUGCUUCUAGGGGGAGAGCUACACACGCUGUUUAUGAAGAAGUUGAAGAUGCUCUUCCAGAUAUAAGGUUGGGAUGAUUUUUGUGAGCAAGGCACAUUUUAAAGCUACUGUUGAUAGAUGCAACAUGAUGCAAAUGAGGGAUAUUAAAUGGAAGAAGAAUGACAACAAACGGAUUAGGGCUGUUUGCAAACAUGCCCCAAGCUGUGAUUGGAAAAUACUAUUAUCAAAGAAUGCGGUGACAAAUUCUUGGAUGGUGAAGACAUAUAUUCAUGAGCAUACUUGUGGUGAGGAGUUGACAAGUAAGAGAUUCAACUCAACAAGUGCAUCAAAGUAUUUGGUUAAGAAGAUGGGUUUUGCUUCUCUUUACUUGAAAGCAGAUGACAUUUUUCAAACCAUCCGGAGAAACACUGGGCUGAAGUUAACUGGAAAACAAUGCAAGAAGGCAAGAGAGAAAAUUGCCCGUGUGUUUGAAGGAAAUUAUUUGAUGGAAUAUAAUAAACUGUGAGACUAGCU